CCUAUCCAUUUUCGGAAGUUCUAACUCGAUCGCGUUCAAAAUUAUUUUUGCUUCCUUGUGAGAAGUUCAACAUCGUUAAAUUUCCCUUUAUAAUCAGUCCGACACCAUGGAUGGACCUGACCAGAUUGGUCCGGACUUGCGUCCCAAGCGGACUUGGGCCGAUAAAGGCCGUCGGGUUGUCAAAACUUUCACAACGAGAGAUGGUCUAAUAGGAGACUAUGAUUAUGCGUACCUUUUCACUCCUAGAAUACCUUUUAUGAAGCAAACAAAGCGCUCAGCGCCAUUUUUCGGACUCGAAGACCGCGUGCCGGUUUUUCUAGCGCUGCUUUUAGGCUUACAACAUGCCCUGGCAAUGUUGGCUGGAGUCAUCUCACCCCCAAUCCUCCUGGGUGGUUCGGCGGGUGCCAACUUUGGAGAUGAAGACUACCAGUACCUAGUGUCAACUUCUCUAAUCGUGUCCGGAUUGCUCUCCGCCCUUCAGAUGACCCGCAUGCACAUCUAUAAAACUCCUUACUCUAUCGGUACUGGCCUGAUCUCAGUCGUGGGUACCUCAUUUUCAACAAUUACCGUAGCAACGGGAACUUUCAGUCAAAUGUACACAUCCGGAUACUGCCCUGUCGAUGGCCAGGGCAACCGUCUACCUUGCCCUAAGGGCUACGGAGCCCUCCUAGGGACGUCAUGCCUGUGCUCUUUACUUGAAAUCGGACUUUCGUUCAUGAGCACCAAAAUCUUGAAACGCAUCUUUCCACCGUUAGUUACUGGCCCAACCGUCCUACUGAUCGGAGCAAGUCUCAUCGAGAGCGGCAUGAAAGACUGGGCAGGAGGCUCGGGCAGUUGUGGUAGCAACCCCUCCGCCCGUGCCCUGUGCCCCAGCGCAGACGCACCCCACGCUCUUCCAUGGGGCAGCGCGGAGUUUAUCGGUCUUGGUUUCCUGGUCUUCCUGACCAUCAUUCUUUGCGAAAGAUUCGGCUCCCCCAUCAUGAAAUCCUGCGCCGUCGUCAUCGGUCUGCUGGUCGGAUGCAUUGUGGCAGCAGCAUGUGGCUACUUCGAUCGCUCCGGUAUCGACGCUGCCCCGGUAGCAUCCUUCAUCUGGGUCCGAACAUUCCCCUUAACCAUAUACCCACCACUCAUCCUCCCCCUCCUAGCCGUCUACAUCGUGAUCAUGAUGGAAUCCAUCGGCGACAUAACCGCCACAUGCGACGUAUCCCAAGUGGAAGUGGAAGGCCCCAACUUCGAUUCGCGCAUCAGAGGCGGCGUUCUCGGCAACGGAUUCACUUGUCUCCUCGCAGGUCUCUGCACCAUCACGCCCAUGUCCGUGUUCGCCCAAAACAACGGCGUCAUCGCGCUGACGAAGUGUGCAAACCGGAAAGCCGGGUACUGCUGCUGCUUCUUCCUCGUGAUCAUGGGCAUCUUCGCCAAGUUCGCCGCUGCUCUCGUCGCCAUCCCUAGCUCUGUCCUGGGCGGUAUGACUACCUUCCUCUUCUCGUCUGUUGCAGUCUCUGGUAUCCGUAUCAUUUCUACCGUGCCGUUUACCCGCCGCAACCGGUUUAUCCUGACAGCUUCUUUCGCCAUCGGUAUGGCUGCUACCUUGGUGCCAGAGUGGUUUCAAUACGUCUUCACCUACAGUGGGGAUAACCAUGCCCUGCAGGGACUUCUGGAUGCUGUGGUGCUAGUUAUGACCAAUGGAUUCGCUGUUACGGCUGUGCUGGGGUUGGUUCUAAAUCUUCUCAUUCCGGAAGAUCCGGAGGAAGAGGCUGCCGUUGUAGAGGCCAAGGGUGGUGAGGUUCGAAGUGAUGGUGAGGAGUCAAAGGGACCUUCGGAGUCGCAUUAUAAGACCGAUGAGGCCGGUCCGGCUACUAUAUAGUGAUGGUUUUUGGUUUAUCUGCCAGUAUAUAACGAUACCUUGAGAGGUGCAUAAUGAAGGAUACCCUGUUGAGUUCGGUUGUCUCAUCUAGUUGGACUAUGGUCCAGACUUUAUGCUUGCUGGCAAGAGUAUUUCUACAACUUUACUAAUAA